CCGCAGUUUACGCACAUCUCACGAGCGGGUUCAGUCCACAGUUAAAGACUGUUACCUCCAGCGCGAGCUUCCCGGAAAUAUCAAAGUGAGAAAACAAUGAGUUUUUUAAUGGUGCGCGGGAUGAAUCGAUGCGGUUUGUGACGGGGUAACUUAUUCUUUGCGCGAUUGGAAAAACCCGAAAAAGUCAGAGGUUAAUCUGCAAAACAAAUUAUUCCAAGCAUGGACAAGGCUCAUCUUUCAAGCCCCAAUGAAAUAAUAAUGACAAAUUCAACAGGCUCUUAUCAACAGGAGCCUCUCACUCCACCCAGGCCAGCCCAUCUUCACUCCUCUUCCUCUUCAUUAUCCUCCCCAUCUCCUUCCUCCUCAUCCCCCCUCAAACCCAACCAGGUGGGUCAGGUCAUCUUGUAUGGCGUUCCUAUUGUGUCACUUGUCAUUGACAACAAUGAGAGACUUUGCCUGGCGCAGAUUUCUAACACUCUCCUGAAGAACUACAGUUACAACGAGAUUCAUAACCGCAGAGUGGCACUGGGGAUCACCUGUGUCCAGUGCACUCCAGUUCAGCUGGAGAUCCUCCGCAGGGCUGGUGCCAUGCCCAUCUCGUCACGCAGGUGCGGCAUGAUCACCAAGCGUGAAGCUGAACGUCUGUGCAAGUCCUUCCUGGGAGAGAACGCGCCACCGAAACUGCCUGACAAUUUUGCCUUUGAUGUGACACACGAGUGUGCGUGGGGUUGCCGGGGUAACUUCAUACCUGCACGCUACAACAGCUCCAGGGCCAAAUGCAUCAAGUGCUCCUUUUGUAACAUGUACUUCUCUCCAAAUAAGUUUAUUUUCCACUCUCACCGCACACCAGACGCCAAGUACACCCAGCCUGAUGCUGCCAACUUCAACUCCUGGCGAAGACACCUCAAACUGUCCGACAAACACCCACCGGAUGAGCUGAUUUACGCAUGGGAAGAUGUCAAAGCCAUGUUCAAUGGAGGUAGCCGAAAGAGAGCACUGCCGUCAUCAGUCCAAUGUGCUUCAAUGGGUCCCAUGAAGAGUCUCUCAGGUACAGUGCCGCCUCAUAUGAUAGGAGCUGACCUGGGUGCACAGAAAAGAACCCGCUUUGAGGACGAGGAAGAUCUGGACGGAAACAGUCUCUCUCCACGCAAAACACCACGCAACUACCCUGUCAUCCCUGUCCCAAGCAAAGGCUUUAGCAUGCUACAGAAGUUCCCCCCUACGUCACUCUUCCCGUCCCCUUACCCGUUCCCUGCAUUUGGCCUCUGCCAGCAGAAAAAAGAGGACAGUGAUGUUUCGACUGUGCAGAAAGGACCAGGGCUGUCAGGUCUCUUAUGGCCUGGCCGCAAAGAUGCUUUCUACCCUCCAUUCUGUAUGUUUUGGCCCCCGAGAGCAGCAGGAGGAAUUCCUGUUCCUACCUACCUUCAGCCUCAGCCAAGCACCCUUUCCUCCCUGACUGAAAACCAAUCUCUCAGGCGGGCCUUUUUGGAUCUGUCAGACACUAGUGAUGCUGGGGCUGUAAGCAGCAAUGGGAAUGGUGUCAGUCCAGCUAUGGCUCCCACCAAUGGGACCACCACACAAAGAUCUGGGUUGUUUGACACAGAGUGCACAACAACAACCCCAGACCUUCGUCCUGUGACGUCAGAGGGAUGGAUCAAACUGUUAGAAAACCCAGCUCUCCAAACAAGAAAGCCCAGCUACGGCUCUGCCUUCCGCCCAGUCGUUAAGGAUGCAGAGAGCAUCGCCAAGCUCCACGGCAACACUGGAAGAGUCAACGGAGCAACAGAUGAGGACUUUGGAGUUGUGGUUCCUGGAUCAGACCGACACCAGCAGCUGUCGCCCACCAGCAGCUGCAGCUAUGGCAGUGAAAGCGGAGGUGAUGGGGAAGCAGAGGGAGCAGAGAGUGAGGAAGAGGGGGAAGUGGAUGUAGAGUCUUCUAAGCAGGAGGACGAGGAGGAGGAAGAGAGUUUUACAAGCAGGCCGCCACAGACUCAGACCAACCUGUAUCUCCCUGUUCUGAGUGACAGUGCUGGAGAGGAACGGGGGAAGGACAGGGGGAGUGGAGCAAUGUAUCCUGGAACCUCCCCAGGAUCCUCCUCGAAUCCCAUUGUACAAGAGUCCCCCAGCCUACCUGCCUCUCCUCAUGCUAGCUUGCCUCUCUCCAGCUCCACCCCACCCCACGGAGAGGACACAGCUUACAAAAACGUUCAUAAAAACCGGGAUGAAGGACUGCCUGCAUAUGCAACCAAAGACAAUUCAAGCAGUUCUGAUGAAAACAAAGAGCAGAGAAGUUUCUUUGUGCCUGAGAGUGAAACCUCAGCGCCUGACUACUGGAGGGAGUGCUCAGGGGAUCAGAGCAGAGGUGCAGCCUCUCCUGUCACACUAAAGAAGGAUGUUGAGAACAUGGAGAAAGAAGAACUGCAGAAAGUUCUGCUGGAGCAGAUCGACUUCAGGAGGAGACUGGAGCAAGAGUUUCAUGCGCUAAAGGGAACUUCACCCUUUCCUGUCUUCCAUAAUUUUCAAGAUCAGAUGAAACGAGAGCUCGCCUACAGAGAAGAAAUGGUCCAGCAGUUACAGAUGAUUCCCUACGCAAAUAUCAUCAGAAAAGAAAAGAUCAGCUCCCAUCUUCACAAGUAGCUGAAAAGGUUGAGUCAAUACGCUCAAGAGGCCAAAGCUGCUUGGACUUGUAAGAGUCACAUAUUUUCUCUCUAGAAGUGACAUAAAAGCAGACAUAUCAUAUGUGAACAAAACACCAACAUUAGGGAUUCCAAUAUAUUUACACAUCUCUUGCAUUUCCAAAGGACAGUAACUAUUUGGCUCAGUCCUCCAAUUCUUCUCAACUCAUUUGGAUGACUUCAUGCUGCUUUUGUACCAGCAUGUUGGUAAAAGAUUUGCCAACUGUUUCAUCUUCUCUUGGUCGAAUUUCUUUUCCAAACUGACUGAACUUAAAGUGUCUGGAAAAAUGGGAUCAUUGUUGGCAUUUUACAAUUGCCAGAUUGCAAGCUUUAUUCAACCAGGACCAAAGCAAAUGCUUGGACGGAGGCUGUAGAGAUCAACGAGCUGGAGAAAAAAAUGCUGAAGACUGGGUGUUAUUAUGUGUGACUCUCACUGCUGUUGGCCUAAUGCACAGGACUGCUGUGGCAUUGGUAUCAACAACCAAUAGAGCCUGAACAACGGUUACCCUUAUCAGGUAUCAAUAUUUGAUCCCAAAGGGAUUCUUCUUGGCAUGUUGACCUAUGACCCUUCCUUUUGUACACAAAUCAUAAUCACCAACGAGUAUCAUCAAUUACAAGUGACACAGAAGCUCAGACUGAUGUUUGAGGAAGGUGAAGAACCAUUAAAAGAAAGUAUUCAGAUUAUGAAAUUACAAAAAAGGGUUUACCUGUAGACAGAACAGUGUAUAGUACCCAUCCUAUCUUUAAUGUACAAAAAGUAUUAUAUUCACUGCAGAUGUAACUCCCCUGUCAAUACUCAAUGUAUCACAUCUUAAUUCUGUAGGAAUUUACAGCAGCUGGAGUUUUACUAAAAGCUACAAAUUUAGAUUUUUACUGCUGCAAAAACCAUAAAUGUUCACUUUAAGGCAAAAGUAUUAUCCUACCAUCAGCUAAUAGAUGGUGAACAGACAAUUUUAAGGCCCUGUCCAAGUGCCUGCUUAGUGUAUGGCCAGCAAGGAGAAGACUGCAGUUCAUUAUUGUUGUGUAUCUGUAAAUUACCUCACCUAACUGUAUAAAAUCAUCGCACAUUAAGAGUAUUGAACCUUACAGUCUUUUAUGUGUUUAUUAAUAAUUUAAAACUAAAAUUCUGAAACCCCUGUUGUGAAAAUAUUGUUUAUUAUAAAUUUUAAAGAACAUAAUGAUGAUGAAGAUGGUGUAUUUAAGUGUAUGUCAAGAAAAGUACAAAUGACAUCUCCCUCACCUGGUUUAGAGAAAGAAUGGAUGGAAGUUAUCCUUUACUGAUAUGUUAUUACUAUAACCUGCUAAUGCAGACGUAUUUCAAAAAUGUUCUUGUAGUUUCUCUACUAUGUGUAAAUAAAAAUGUCUAUACAAACAAAA